AUGGCCGAGGCAACUGAAGUUGUCUUCUUGUCCCUCAAAGAAGGCAUCGAUUCGCAAAAUCCGAAAUUGAAGAGUACCCUUGAGACGAUCAUCAAGCAUGGCCAACCGCAUCGCAUGUACGCAGGUGCUCAGGUCGAACACCCCAAUGUCCAGAACCUGUUCAUCGACUGGUCGAGCAUUGAUCACCACAUGCAGUUCACGAAGUGGGAGGGGUAUGAAGCGUUUUUGAACGGGGCGGUGGAGCUGUGCGACGCACCGCCGAGUCUAUUUCAUGUGCAUUUCGAGCCAUUUCCCCCAACUCCAGCCUUUUCUGAAGUCACCGAGUUCAUCAGGGCUUACUUUCCUGCGGACUACUCACCAGAGGACCAAAAGACGUUCCAUGAGGGCAUCAAGAAAUUUGGUUCCAUCGUUCAACGAGACUGGGAUGAAUGCCGAGGCUUAGCAGGUGGAUGGGUUGCUGAAGAAGUUGAGGACCCCAAGACUGGCGACAAAGCGAAAGCCUAUGUCUGCUUGAUCGGGUGGCCUAGCGUCGAAUCGCACAUGAAGUACAGAGAGACUUCUUCGUUCAAGGAGAACAUCCACAUGUUGAGGGGUGCAAAGGAUCUGAAGAACGUGGUCAUGGUCCAUGUCGCUAGCAAAGAGUUCACGGGUUGA